CUUAGAUAUGCAACAUAUAGCACACACAUUAAGGGGAAGGUAGGGAUUUUAGGUUAUUUUGUGUCUUUGAAUGCAUAAUAUCUCAAGAAUGUUGCGCCUAAAUUGACGAGGUUAUGAGUACUUUUAUAUAGCUUAUGAGUUUUCCCCACAACUCACGAUUUCAAAAUCGGUGCCCUUCAUAACAUGAAAACUACUUUAUGGUAUGGUAUUUUACAAACAUAGUUAUGAUCUGCCAAAAUAAUUUUUUUCUCAAUUAGUAAAAAAUUUAUUUUUUCUUUAAUAAUAAAUAUCCUAUGUCCUUUCUAAUACUAUAAGACAUAUAUGUACAAAUUUUCGUGAUAAUCGAUUGCGUGGUUUCUGCGUGAACGCGUUACAAACAUACUUGCAUUCCCAUUUAUAUAUCCAUUGAAAAAUGUGUACAAAGUGUAAAAAUAUGGUGAAAUAGCUAUUUUUAAAUACAAAUAUCUCGAAAACUAUAAGUCUGAGGUGCGUAUGUGCAUUCACAUUUUUUAAUCCUAAGGCCAUCCUCUAUCCCAUAUCAUCCAUACCAUCAGAUCGUGGCGCCAAAGAAAUCGUAAUUUUGUCAAAAUCUUAAAGAUAUAGGGUUUAUUUAUUUAAAUAAUUUAUUAACUAUUAAAUAUAUUUAUUUUGACUUUAAGGUGAUUUACAUCCUUUUUAACAAGCCACACAGUUAAAUAUGCCAUAUAUGUAUAUAUAUGUAUGUGUUCAUUUCAUUUCCUGUAUUUUGAGGUUUCUCUGCUGUUUUGAGAUGUGUGGUAUAUACAACUAGAUAUUCUAAAUAUCGAUUUUUUAAAUACUAAUCGUUUAUUAAUACCCAUCCUUAACGUAGUUCUAUUAUUAUAUUUAUUUAACAUUUAUUCAGUUAUGUGGAGAGUGGAAAAUAUAUAUAAUUAUAUGUUAUAAACAAAAGUUUGGUCUAUCGUCGAGCAUAUAAUCAAAUACUCAAAUUAAUUUGUUUAAUAUAGAAUAUCAAAUCCAUCACAGAGUGGAAAUUUUGGAUAAAUAAAAGAAAUAUAAUCAGCAUUUUUUCUUUAAUUAUAGAAGUUGAAAAUUUUUAAGCCAUAAUCAUGUUAAAGCGUCAGCGUUGUGAGGAUUUCGACACAUUUGUGCCACAAAUUAAAAAGCUUAUUAGUGACAAAAUUGUGGACCAGCGCGAUCAAAAUAAAAUGAGCAAAAUUCAUCAAAAAACCAUCAACUUACUAUUCAAAGCAGCACGUGUACAAAAACCAUUGGAGCAAACUCAAUCAGGGGCGCCUGCGGAGGUAGAAUUACCACUAUGGCAGCAAGUUAUUUUACGUGGUAAUGGUGAAAUAUCAUCAAAAAACGUUACAGAUCUUAUAGUUGAUCUCUCUUUGGAGAGUCGCAAGUCAAAAUGCUGUCACCGUGAAGCCUACAUACGUAGCGAUUGUUGUAAUUGUUCGCAAGCGCUGUGCGAAUAUUGUGGACACUCAUGUGCAGAAUGUGGUAUAUUUCUAUGCGACAGUUGCGUUUCCCUAUUUGGUUGCGGUAAUGUUGAACGGCCAAUAUGUGAAAAGUGUUCUUUAUUUCAAAAUUUAUAAUUUUUAACAAGCUGAAAGCUUUAUUUAACAUCUAUGAAACAAAAAUUAAAUAUUCUUUCGACUUACUUUAGUAAAAUCCCAUGUGCUUUCUUUUAUUAUAAUCAAUAUUUAGUCAUAGAAAUCAAACGUACUUUUAUAUUAUUUAUUUUACGACCGGCUAAGAAAUAUUAAAUGUUUUCCGUGUAGUAACGUGAUGUUAAGUUUUAUUAAAGAAGCACAUAAUACUCUUUUUUAUUAUAUUUGUAUCCUCAGGACUUUAAGGUUGUUCUCAGUUUGCUAGUGAUAUUAACUUAGGGAUGAUUCGCAAUAAUAAAACGAGAUGAGUAAAAACACAAAAAUGAGUACUGCGUAACAUACGGUUUUGUAAGCUAUGUAUUUGUUUACUAUAAAUUCACUUAAUAAAACGCUUAAUUUAUAAAAAGUU